CUUCGAAUAAAACCACUUGCGUACAGUGGAGAAUAUGACAUGAUACGCAUAUAAUUACUUGAUUGCAUAAUAUGAUUAAAUGAUUCUGUUACUUGAACUGUCACGAAAUGCUUUGAUCAACAGUGCUGUGUAUUGCUGUUUUCACUAAAAUAAGUCAACAUAUUUAACCUUUUAUAUAUAGAGUUCAACUCUCAAUGCGUGGCUAAAACAGGACAGAGAGCAAUAAUUCAUAUUAGAUCUAUGAAUAUAUAUGUAUGUUGUAUAGAUGUCAACCAAGUAUGCACAUCCACUGCUCCCUAGUCUUACCUUAUGAACUCCCAAGUGGCUAUUCUGUUGUAUGUGGUGUUUGAUUAUUGAUUGGCACGGCGCAUUGAUGGCGAAGCAGGGCGCUCUAUACAGAGAGCUGAAAGGAUGAGAAGCGCUGGAACGAUGAGACUCCAGUAACUUCUGCGUGACCUCUACAUGACAAAGACGGUCUCCAUCAAUUGUCUGCUGGCUUUAUGUGACUCUUUUUGUGCCUUGGGUCGUUUUUUAUCUUUUGUCUUGUUUUGUUUCUACCAGUCAAAAUUCCUGGAUUGGGUUUGAUUUAGCUUGGUUGAAUAUUAAUUCACCUAUUUGGGCCACACAUAUGUGAUGCAUAUACAUGUUUUAUGAUAUCACGAAAUGUGUAGUUAGCAGGGAUCCUCCCAUGUGAUGAUGGGCAUUAGCCACUGGGUCUCAACACACAACACACACUUUAUUUCAUUUAUUUAUUUAUUUAUUUUUACACAGACCGGGUAUUCAAUCAAAUCAGUUUUAUAUGAUAUCGUUACUGUCCUAAUUGAGAGAUAAUGUGAAGUUUGUGAAAUCAGCUACUAGGUGUGCACAGCUUCUUCUCGGUUGAUGGAGUCCCUCCGCCUCGAUUGGCCGAGCUGGUCACAUGGUAGCCUAACUUUAUUCAGUUGACAGCAAGUAGGAGGGCUUUAUGGAGGGAGGAAAAAAAGACAACUCGAGAAAAAUUAGUAUUUCCUACCUUCAGAAAUUAAUGGCCAUGAGUUCGUACAUGGUGAACUCCAAGUAUGUGGAUCCAACAUUUCCUCCUUGUGAGGAAUAUUCUCAGAACAGCUAUAUACCUGAACAGAGCCCAGGCUACUACAGUCCGUCGCGGGACACUGGUUUCCAGCAUCCCGGCAUCUAUUCACGGUCAAACUACUCUGAGCAGCCUUACAGCUGUAACACUGUCCAGGGCUCGUCGGUGCAGCCUCGGGGUCAUGUGCAGGAUCCAGCCGGCCACCCGAGCCCUUACCCCGCACAGACAGAGCAGUGUCCUGCGGUCCAGAUAUCCGGACCGAGGACUUGUGGACCACAACAAAACACAAAGAGCCAGAACGGGAUACCAGCCAAGCAGCCUGCUGUAGUUUAUCCAUGGAUGAAGAAAGUGCACGUUACUACGGUGAACCCGGAUUACACGGGACCGGAACUCAAACGUUCUCGGACAGCCUACACAAGACAACAAGCUCUCGAACUAGAAAAGGAGUUUCAUUUUAACAGGUAUCUAACAAGACGGCGUCGCAUUGAGAUCGCGCAUACCCUCUGUCUCUCUGAGCGACAGAUCAAAAUCUGGUUUCAGAACAGAAGAAUGAAAUGGAAAAAAGAUCACAAACUCCCUAACACGAAAGGAAGAUCGGCGUCAGCUGGAAAUCAGCAUGCACAACACGCUCAGAAGGACAACCAGACAGAGCUCACAACUUUAUAAGUGGAUAUCUCUCCCUCUCUCCAGAUGUACAGAUGAACUGUAUGUAAUAGACAAUGCUUCUUUGACAUUGCAUGGUAGCAAAUCAUGACAUGUUGGGUACAAGUGCCAAAACUGAUAUCCAGGAGCACACACCAUGACUAAAUGCAGCAUAAAAGCUGCAAUAGGUUAAAAACUCAAAUUUCAACAUUUCCGAUAUUGUAAUCCUUUGUAACAAAAGGCAAAAAGAGUAUGAGGCGUCGAAUGAUGGUUCAAGU